AUGCGUAUUUCAACUCUCGCAUUUGCAGGCCUCGCUGCCGCAGCACCAUCUUCCCUUGUUGCUCGCAAAGAUGGUCGUCCGGAUUACUCUGGAACUUACUGGGAUGUAACGAUCUCAACCCAGUCUGGGCGUCCUGGCUACAGCAUCCGCGACCUUACAACGACUUUCCACAGGGCAGGUGCUGAGCAAACGGUUCCAGGGUCGUGCCAUUAUAGUUUCGUGCCACAGGGAACAAGCGCGCCGGCGGUCACCGAUCGCUGUGAUAAGGGCCUUACUUACACUUGGAAUUAUACCACACUUACUAUGAGGCAAGAUGUUGUGGUUGGAAACGAAACCAUUUGGUUCUUUGCAACUCCAACAAAGAUUGAAACUACACGCAAGUCGGACGGUACAGGUGGAAGCUCCUACACGGGAACUGGAAGAGUGGAGCUCCAUCACUACUGCAACGACCAUGGAUGCUCUGACGUGGAUGGUUGUGUGACAAUUGAGUGUCAGGAAGGAAAGACCAAUUAA